CAGCCUGUGCAUAUAGACUGUAGGGGUAGCCUAAAGAGAUCACUUGUCACGCUUACGACAUCUAGAACAUAAUGUGUGAAGCCCGAUAUCUGGUAUAUCCCCAAGGACAACUUUUUAUAGCUCGUCUUGUUUCAGGUUACCGUCACAUACACAGCUAAAGGAGAAUGAUGCUCCAGAUUUUCUGUUGAGUAACUGAAUUCAAAAGCUGGAGGAAACAAAGUGUUAAGAGGUCCAACAAGGAGCUCCAAGUGGGUCUGACUGAACACCAAGAACGUCAUCAUGGGCAAUGAAAGCAAAGGACAGCCAACAGACAGUCAUCCAUGGCUCCUCUACAUCUCAACAAUAUUUGCAUCUACUCUGGCACUUUUGAUGGGCUAUACAUUCGGAAUCAUCUCGGGGGCAAUGCUGCUUCUUGCUGAUACGUUCCAGCUCGACACCUUGUGGCAGCAGCUGAUAGCCACAUUCGGCACUGUAGGAGCUGCCUUAGCACUUCUGCCUGCUGGUUACCUUGUCCAGAUUUUGGGAAGGAAGAAGAUGAUCCUUGGAUCAAAUAUAUUGACGUGUGUUGGCGCCAUUAUAACAGCUGCAGCACCAACGAAAGAGGUGGUUAUUGUUGGCCGUUUGUUUGCAGGAAUGGGAGCAGGAGCUAUAUCCCUCGUCGUGCCAAUGUACAUAUCGGAAUGUGCCCCCGUCGACAUCAGAGGACGUUUGGGAACUCUUACACAGGUCUUGAUUUCUUUUGGAGUGUUUCUGUCAUCUGUUGCGGGAGGUGCUUUCAGUGGACUGGGGGAAGCAGGAUGGCGAUUGAUGUUCGGGUGUCCGUGUGCUAUUGGUGUUGUCCACUUUGUGGGAUUUCUCUUCCUCCCGGAGACUCCUCGGUGGUACAUGGACAGAGGAAGAGAGGAAGAAGCUGUUUCUGUCUUGAAACGACUCAGAAAUAACCCGGAAGAAAUCGACAUCGAACUCAACGACAUGAAAAGAACUGUUGCGGAAGGGAAAAGGCUGAAACUCGAAUCAGAGCACGGUUCCUCUAUCAUUGUUCGGAUACUGAAAACGCCUUCAGUUCGAAGAGCGCUGAUGCUGUCGGUGAUCUUGUCUAUGAUAACACAGGUGACAGGAGCGGCACCAGUUAUGUACUACACAGGAACGAUCCUGAAAAGAGGCGGUUUUGCGGUCACAGAUGCACUGUGGAUGACAACAAUUCCUACAGCACUGCAGGCUGUAACGUCUUUCGUAAGCACGUGCUUGGUUGAGAGGAUGGGCCGCAAGCUCCUGUUUCUUGGCACACAAAUAGGGCUGCUCAUUUCCUUGAUCAUUCUUGGACUUGGCUUCUAUCUGUCCACGACUUAUUCUCCCCGUCGUCAGUGAUGACAUCCAGAAUACCAUCAAUAACAAUACAACUGUAUCCAUAUGUAAUUUCAGAACAUGUGAGCAAUGCAUCGAUUCUUCCCAAUGCGGCUUCUGCUACGACGUCCUCUCAAGAGCUUCAUGUGUACCCGUGUCGGUACACGGGACUGCUACAGCAGGGAGAUGCUCUUUCAACAGUUCAGACUUUACCCUGGAGAUACAGACCUGCCCAAGUGAUUAUAAAUGGAUUCCUGUGAUUGGGUCUUCACUAUAUCUGGCUAUAUUUAGCGCUGGAGUUGGCGUGAUCUUUAUUGUGAUAUCUGAAAUAUUCCCCCUCUGGGCACGCGGCAUAUGCAGUUCAGUUGCUACUUCAGUUAUCUGGAUAUCUCAGAUCGUGGUCACCAUGACGUUCCUUUCAGUUGCUGACGACAUCACAACCCAUGGUAUCUUCUGGUUGUAUGCGGGAUGCUCUGUGCUUGCUGCUAUCUUCAUCUUAAUAUUCAUGCCGGAGACGAGAGGGGUACGACUGGAGGAGAUUGAUCAGCUGUUCAUGACACUUGAUGAGAAGACUGCGCUGGACAAACAGGAAGUUGAUAAAUUAUCAGGUCAUUAAGCACAUUACUGAACGCCAGGCCCUGGAUACCUACAUAGUUAUCAGGCCAUUGACAUUACACAUCUACAAUCAAUCUAACGUCUACAAAGGUAGUGCUUUCUAGUUGAGGACAUAUAUAUUUCCUGCUUUAUACGCCGAGUGGAAUCAUGUAUACUAUCAUGUAUACUGUCCUAAAAAAGAAACGCAUAGGCGUUUUAAAAUCUAUUGAUUACCUAUUGUGUUCAAACAAUCGUCAAAACAUGUAACAUAAAUGUUGAUACAACUGCACAAGUGAAAAAUCGACUUUACCUGAAAAUGUUGAUUUUGAUGAGAUUUCUUACAAGAAG